UGGCCGGCGGGCGCGCGCGCCUAGCAACUCGCGCACCGGCCGGCCUCCCUGUCUCCCUCCUUCCCCCCCCUCCCUCCAUCCCUCCCGCGGGUGAUCAGCUGGUCUGUGCACCCCUGACGUGGGCUGGGCACGUCACCGCGAAUGGCAGCCUCCAGGAAGGCACCGCGAGUAAGGGCAAGCCACCGGGACUUUCAGCUGAAAAAUUUAAGAAUAAUUGAACCUUACGAGGUGAUAUAUUCAGGAGGCCCAGGUAUGGACACAGACGGCAGAAUGCCUCCCAAAGUAACUUCUGAGCUGCUUCGGCAGCUGAGACAAGCCAUGAGGAACUUGGAGUAUGUGACAGAACCCAUCCAGGCCUACAUUAUCCCAUCGGGGGAUGCCCACCAGAGUGAGUACAUUGCUCCGUGUGACUGUCGGCGGGCCUUCGUCUCUGGAUUUGAUGGCUCUGCGGGCACAGCCAUCAUCACAGAAGACCAUGCAGCCAUGUGGACGGACGGGCGCUACUUUCUCCAGGCUGCCAAGCAGAUGGACAGCAACUGGACGCUCAUGAGGAUGGGUCUUAAGGACACACCGACUCAGGAAGACUGGCUGGUGAGUGUGCUUCCGGAAGGAUCCAGGGUUGGUGUGGACCCCCUGAUCAUUCCUACAGAUUACUGGAAGAAGAUGGCCAAGGUCCUGCGAAGCGCCGGCCACCACCUCAUUCCUGUCAAGGAGAACCUGGUGGACAAGAUCUGGACAGACCGGCCUGAGCGCCCGUGCAAGCCCCUCCUCACUCUGGGCCUGGAUUACACAGGCAUCUCCUGGAAGGACAAGGUUGCGGACCUUCGGUUGAAAAUGGCUGAGAGGAACGUGGUGUGGUUUGUGGUCACCGCCCUGGAUGAGAUAGCGUGGCUGUUCAAUCUCCGAGGAUCAGAUGUGGAGCACAAUCCGGUAUUUUUCUCCUACGCAAUCAUAGGACUAGAGACCAUCAAGCUCUUCAUCGAUGGUGACCGCAUAGAUGCCCCCGGCGUGAAGGAGCACCUGCUGCUUGACUUGAGCCUGGAAGCUGAGUACAAAAUCCAGGUGCUUCCCUACAAGUCCAUCUUGAAUGAGCUCAAGGCUCUGUGCACCAGCCUCUCCCCGAAGGACAAGGUGUGGGUCAGCGACAAGGCCAGCUACGCUGUGAGCGAGGCCAUCCCCAAGGAACAUCGCUGCUGUAUGCCUUACACCCCCAUCUGCAUUGCCAAAGCUGUGAAGAAUUCUGCCGAAUCAGAUGGCAUGAGGCGAGCUCAUAUUAAAGAUGCUGUUGCCCUCUGUGAACUCUUUAACUGGCUGGAGAAAGAGGUGCCCAAAGGUGGCGUGACGGAGAUCUCAGCUGCCGACAAAGCGGAGGAAUUUCGCAGGCAACAGGCUGACUUUGUGGACCUGAGCUUCCCAACGAUUUCCAGUACGGGACCCAACGGUGCCAUCAUUCACUACGCGCCGGUUCCUGAGACGAACAGGACUUUGUCCCUUGAUGAGGUGUACCUCAUUGACUCGGGUGCUCAAUACAAAGAUGGAACCACAGACGUGACCCGGACAAUGCAUUUUGGGACCCCUACGGCCUAUGAGAAGGAAUGCUUCACGUGUGUCCUCAAGGGCCACAUAGCCGUGAGCGCAGCCAUUUUCCCAGCCGGAACCAAAGGCCACCUCCUCGACUCCUUUGCCCGCUCAGCGUUGUGGGAUUCGGGCUUGGAUUACCUGCACGGGACAGGACAUGGUGUUGGGUCUUUCCUGAACGUUCAUGAGGGCCCCUGCGGCAUCAGUUACAAAACGUUUUCCGACGAGCCGCUGGAGGCGGGCAUGAUCGUCACUGACGAGCCAGGGUACUAUGAAGACGGGGCCUUUGGAAUUCGCAUUGAGAAUGUGGUCCUGGUGGUUCCUGUGAAGACCAAGUAUAACUUCAGCAACCGGGGAAGCCUGACCUUUGAACCUCUAACUUUGGUUCCGAUACAGACCAAGAUGAUAGAUGUGGAUUCUCUUACAGACAAAGAGUGUGAGUGGCUCAACAACUACCACCAGACCUGCAGGGACGUGAUCGGGAAGGAGCUGCAGAAGCAGGGCCGCCAGGAAGCGCUCGAGUGGCUCCUCAGAGAGACACAGCCCGUCUCCAAGCAGCACUAACGCCUGCCCCGCGCCCGUUUCCGAAAACACUCUGGGAAACGGAGACACUGGGCAGCCCCUGCCAUCUCCCCCCUUUCCUCUCCUCCUUUCUUACCUCUCCUUUUUACUUUUAGACACUCGAGAAGAACGGAAAAUCUUCUUAUCCUCUUUGAUAUUUUCUUGCAAACACUUGAUCUUUUAUGAUUUUUAAAAAAAAAAAUUGGCAAGAACGAGCCACGAAUAAACUUGCUGCACCCGAGGCCGGGCCCCCUCAAAGCUGAGCCGCGGGGCAGCUGCAGCGAGUUCUCAGCCGGCGGUGGGGAAGCAGAGUGCUCUGUGACGGCCAAGUUCCAGGUGCUAGCCCAUUACCAUGAUCACCCUGAUGCUCACGAGAUGCUAUUUAUGACCCGUGAAUAAAAAGCCCGACGGUG